UUAUAGGUUAAUUAAUCAUGUAAAUAAAUUAGAAGUUUUAUUUUUUAAAGAAUUUUAAUGGGAUAAUACUUAAUUACCCUUUAAUAUAAUCAAUAAAAAGAUUUGUAAUCUGUGAGCCACUAUAAACAUUUUAUGUUCAUUAGUAAAUUUAUUAAAAAAUUUAGUAGUAUCAGACCAUUUAUUAACAAUAUAGUGUACAUAAGAAAAGUUAAUUAUUUAUCCAAGUGCAAUACAACACACCUAACCGAAUUACUAAAGAGUAAACAUAACAGCAAUAAGAAGAAAUUUGAUAAUUCUUUACAAAAAUAUCAAUAUUAUUUGCCCAAGUGUUCAUACGGUGUCAAAACUAUGGAGGUGACGUACUUAGAAACACCAGAUAAAUCGGAGAACGAUAAAAAACACUAUAAAACACUCUUGCUUGGAAAUGGAUUACAUAUAUUAUUGGUAUCGGAUCCUACCGCUGCACCAUAUGAUUGUAGCUCAUCUUCAGGUAAUUCUUCCGUAGCAUCCAUUACUGAUGAAAGCUCUGAAAUGGAGAGCAUGUCCUCUACACAAAGUAGCGCAGAGGAUGAUGACGAUUGCUUUGAAGGUGAUGAAAUGCUUGCCGCGUGUGCAUUACUGAUCGACUAUGGCUCGUUCUCUGAGCCUACGAAAUAUCCGGGCUUAGCGCAUUUUCUGGAGCAUAUGAUAUUUAUGGGUUCAGAAAAAUUUCCUGAAGAGAAUGCUUUUGAUGUGCAUAUUAAAAAUUGUGGUGGUUUUGAUAAUGCCCAUACGGAAAGCGAGGAGACUGUUUUUUACUUUGAAGUGGGUGAAGAACAUUUAGAUAGCAGUAUGGAUUGCUUUUCUGCAUUGUUUAAAGCACCCUUAAUGAAAAAAGAAGCAAUGACACGAGAACGAGAUGCUGUCGAUUCAGAAUUUGACCAGACUCAAAAUGAUGAUGAGGCGAGGCGUGAUCAAUUACUGGCUAGUUUAGCGAAUGAAGGCUUUCCGCAUGGCAAAUUUGCUUGGGGCAAUAAAAAAUCGUUGAAAGAAAAUAUUGAUGAACAGGAUUUGCAUAGAACUUUACAUGACGUGAGAGAGAGACAUUAUAGUGCGAAUCGCAUGUAUUUGUGUGUGCAGGCGCGAUUGCCAAUUGAUGAACUGGAGAAUAUAGCAAUAAAGCAUUUUGCAGAUAUACCAAGCAAUAAUUUGCCAGGAUCUGAUUUUAGUCAAUUCAAUUAUAAACAAGCGUUUUGUGAAAAUUUUCAUAAAGAUGUGUUCUUUGUAAAAUCGAUUGCAAAUUUGUGUAAACUUGAAUUGACAUGGGUUCUGCCUUCAAUGACAAAGUAUUAUAAAUGUAAACCAGAGCACUUUAUUUCUUUUAUACUCGGCUAUGAAGGAGAAGGCAGUUUAUGCGCCUACCUCAGAAAAAGGCUUUGGGGUCUUGAUUUAAUAGCGGGACCUGAUGAUUCAGGAUUUGACACCAAUUCUAUAUAUACUUUAUUUAAUUUGUGUAUAGUUUUGACUGAUGAUGGUUUAAAACACAUAGACGAGGUACUCGCUGCAACAUUUUCCUACGUAAAGCUACUAAACACGAAAUUUGAAGAGCUGGAAGAAGUGUAUAAUAAUCUGAAAUCAAUUGAGUCGACAUCUUUUCGUUUUCAAGAGCAAAAGCCCGCAUUUGAUAAUGUGCAGAACUUAGUAACGCAAAGUAAACGAUUCCCUCCAAAAGAUAUACUCACUGGAAUGGACAUAUACUUUGAGUAUAACAAGGAACAAGUGAAAGAAGUUGUGGAUCAUUUGAAUGAUUUUAGAUUUAACAUAAUGAUAACAUCGAAAGGAAAAUGUGAAGGUGUUGUAUAUGAUAAAGAGGAGAAAUGGUUUGGUACUCAGUAUGGCACUAUCAACAUGCCCGAGAAAUGGAAAAAUCUGUGGGAAAAUUGUGUGGAAAUGCCUGAAUUGUUCUUACCAGAGUCAAAUACUUUCAUAUCAGAUGAUUUUCGUCUGUUUUGGGUGGAAGAUGGCAAGCCAGAAUUGCCUGCCGGACCGAAAAAAAUUCUACAAAGUGAUGUUUGUGAGCUUUGGUUUAGGCAAGAUGAUAAAUUUCUAUUACCACAUGCUACAAUGUAUUUUCAUUUUAUAUCUCCAUUGCCACGACAGAGUGUUAAAAAUGAUGUUAUGAGUUGUAUAUAUGCGGAGAUGAUUAAGUUUUGUUUAGCCGAGGAAUUAUAUCCGGCAACUGUUGCUGGCUUAACCUAUGAUUUCAGUGGAGCUGAAAAAGGGGUUGUACUAAAGGUAAAUGGAUACAAUCAAAAAGUACAUAGAGUUGUUAAUAUUAUAAUAAAUGCGAUGACCAAUAUAGACUGUCAUUCAAGUCAAGCGAUAUUUGAUGUGCUAAAAAUGAAAAUUUUGAAACAAUACUAUAAUAUUCUUAUAAAGCCAGCUAAACUAAAUAAAGACAUACGGUUGAGUAUCGUACAUAAUAAACACUGGCCUUUAAUUGACAAAUAUAUGGCAAUAAGAGACGUAACUUUAAACGAUAUAAUAAACUUUUCAAAAAUAUAUACAGAUCAAUUGUAUAUAAAAUGUUUGAUGCAAGGCAACAUGACAGAGGAACAGGCUCAUAAUGUUAUGAAUUCCGUACUUACAGCUGUGAACUCCAAACGUAUUACCGAGCAUGAAUUUAUUGAAGAUAGAAUUCUAGAAAUGCCAAAGGGUUCGAACUAUGUACGCAUUCAAGCACUCAACAAUCAAGAUAAUAACACAGUGGUUUGUAAUUUCUACCAAAUCGGUCCAAAUACUUUGCGUACUGAAAGCAUACUGGACUUAUUAAUGAUGUUCAUUGAGGAACCUUUCUAUGCAACGCUACGUUCUCUCGAACAGCUGGGCUAUUCAGUGUCCACUUCGGUUCGGAUUAAUUAUGGCAUUGUUGGUUAUACUUUAAUAAUUAAUUCACAAGAAAAUAAAUAUGAAGCUUCUUAUGUUGAUGAACGUAUUGAGGCUUUCCGCAAUACAGUAAUAUCAAUUAUAAAAAAACAAACAGCAAAGGAAUAUGAGCAUGUGCGGAAGUCUUUAAUUAAAUCGAAGCAGGUUGUGGAUAUGGCGCUGUAUGAGGAGGUCAACAGAAAUUGGGGUGAAAUACAUUGUGGAGAGUAUUUCUUCGAUCGAAGGCGUAAAGAAGUAGAAGUAUUACGUACGAUAUCUAAAGAAGAUAUUAUACAGUUCUGCUUGGAAAAUGAACGUACGAAUUUACGGAAAUUAUCUAUACAAAUAAUUGGCAAUAGUAAAGUUACUACAUCUGAAGAUAAAGAAAAUGAAAAGAAUUCAAAUCUCGAAGACGAUGCCGAAGAUAUCGACGAGAAGCUGUUAACUACUCUCAAUUUAAAUUUUAUAACAAAUGCAUCCGACGUCCAAGAAAUUUCAAAUAUUAAUGAUUUUAAAAAUACUUUAAAUAUAUAUCCUGUAACUAAAACUAUUAUUGAUGAAAAUGCAACGAAAGCUGAUAUCAUAGAAAAUAUUGUAGAAUAAAUAGUAUUGGCCACUCUACAGUAGGACACGGAAUACAAUUAUUUUUAUUAUAUGUAUAUACAUAUAUACAUAUAUAGAUAUAAUAUAUAGUAACACAAGGUUAAAAACAUUUAGGAAAUAUCACUGCUAAUUGAAACAAUAUAAAUUCUAAAUUAAUAAAUCUAAUCUCGGUAGUAGACAAUUAUUAAUACAUAU